GCCUCACCCACCCGGCGCCGGGCGCGCGAGGGGCGGGGCUUUCGGAAGCCUGGUGCGGAGUAGGCGGGGCCAGCUCCCCGCCGGUUGGAGGAGGUGGAGCCGCCGUUGGUGCCCGCGCGCCCCUAGUAACGGCCCCUGGAGCGGGGAGCAUGACCCAGUCGGUGGUGGUGCAGGUGGGCCAGUGCGGGAACCAGAUCGGCUGUCGCUUCUGGGACCUGGCGCUGAGGGAACACGCCGCCGUCAACAAGAAAGGAAUUUAUGAUGAAGCAUUAAGCAGCUUCUUUAGAAAUGUGGAUACCAGAAAUGGUGGUGAUGGUGCUGAUAUUCACAAAGGAAAAAUCUUCUCUUUAAAAGCACGAGCUCUCUUGAUUGACAUGGAGGAGGGUGUAGUGAAUGAAAUUCUGCAGGGGCCAUUGAGAGAUGUGUUUGAUAGCAAGCAGCUCAUCACAGAUGUUUCUGGUUCAGGGAACAACUGGGCUGUAGGUCAUCAACUGUAUGGCUGUCGGUACCGGGAACAUAUUGUGGAAAAGCUGAGGAGGAUGGCAGAACACUGCGACUGUCUGCAGUGUUUUUUUGUAAUUCAUUCAAUGGGAGGUGGGACAGGAUCUGGUCUUGGUACUUUUGUACUAAAUGUGCUUGAGGAUGAGUUCCCGGAAGUAUAUAGAUUUGUUACUUCAGUUUACCCUUCUGGGGAGGAUGAUGUCAUUACUUCUCCAUAUAACAGUGUUCUGGCUAUGAAGGAACUUAAUGAGCAUGCGGACUGUGUGCUUCCAAUUGAAAAUGAAUCUUUAUUUUCUAUAGUUAGUAAAAUUCAUCAGAUGACAAAUUCUGGAAAGCUAGGAUCAACUGUGAAACAAAACAGCUUGUUAACCUCAAGUGCAGGCAGUAUCAAAACUGAACAGGAGAAGCCAUUUGAUGCUAUGAACAAUAUUGUGGCCAACUUGCUGCUGAACCUGACAAGCUCUGCCAGGUUUGAAGGUUCCCUUAAUAUGGAUCUUAAUGAAAUCAGCAUGAAUUUGGUUCCCUUUCCUCGACUUCAUUACCUGGUUUCCAGCUUGACUCCUCUGUAUACAUUGGCUGAUGUUAAUGUACCUUCUAGAAGGUUGGAUCAAAUGUUUUCAGAUGCUUUCAGUAAAGAUCACCAGUUGAUUCAAGCAGACCCAAAGCAUAGCUUGUACCUUGCCUGUGCACUUCUGGUUCGAGGAAAUGUACAGGUUUCAGACCUUCGCAGAAACAUUGAAAGGUUGAAGCCUUCCCUUCAUUUUGUCUCAUGGAAUCAAGAAGGCUGGAAAACUGGCUUAUGUUCAGUACCUCCUGUGGGCCAUUCUCACUCACUGUUGGCAUUAGCAAACAAUACUUGUGUGAAACCAACCUUUACAGAGCUCAAAGACAGAUUCAUGAAGCUCUACAAGAAAAAGGCUCACCUUCACCAUUACUUGCACGUUGAUGGGAUGGAGCAAAGCUGCUUCUCUGAAGCCAUAUCUUCCUUGUCAGACCUAAUAGAGGAGUAUAACCAGCUAGAUGCCACUAAAGGUGCACCUAGAACAGAUCCCUCAAGACUGAAGAUAGCUAUGUAACAGAGGAAGAAUUGCUGUUAUUUGGAGAACAGCAAACCGCCUAAGCUAACUGGAUGGUUUGUGAAGCAUCUAGGACUAAUUAUUCCACAGGGAUCCUGGUACUGUCACUCUCCAGGCUGGCCGGGAGUGUUGUAUCAAGUGCUCAGCCUGUGGAAAAGGGACCAGCAUAUAUUGCACGCUAGCGGAGUAAAUAGUGAUGACGUCUGCCAGGAGGAGAGGGGGAGGAAUUAUAACAGGCCAAAAUGGAGUUGGUGAACUCCUUAGACCAACUUAAGCUAAAUUAAAUUGAUCCCUGCUUUGGAGAAAAGAGUCCCCUUUGGUAUAAGAUACACGAGGGAAGGGAAAUCCUACAUUCCCUUUUCUGCAAUGAAAGGAGGCAUCUAGUGAGUCUUGUUUCUGAAGUUCCGAAUAUCCUAGAAAAUUUAUUUCCAAAAUGACGGUCUAAGAUGUGUGUCACUAUUCACAACUUAGAGUGUUGCUUCGUCAUUGUAUUUAGAUGUAAUUGAACUAAAAUUUUCCAAGUUGAUAUCAAAACUGGCAAUAUCAAGAAUAAUUUGGCAAAACGAAUGCAUCAAGUACAAUACUAAUAUAUUGUAUAAUAAUGAUUCACCUUUCAUGAACUGUAGGUUGCACUAAUGUUGGUUUAUGUACUGAUGAGGAUAAGAGGCUAGCGUAGUAUGUUGCCUCUUUAUCCAAUAGCUGUGAUCAUAAGUGCAUAUGAUAUGGAUUGUUUGGAGAAUGAAGAUUAUAUUCUUAAAAGAACCUAAUUAAAAUAGAAGCAUAUUUUAAAUUAAAGAGAUUUUUAUAUUAUGAUCAGAUUAUAUUUAUAAACAGUUGUCUUAAUAACAACUCCUAUGCUUUUGCAGAAUAAAAUAUACAGAUAUUCAGAAAUUGUCUGCCAACCUGACUCUCUUGUCUUAAAACUGCAUUAAGCCACUACAAAUGGACCCAUAAAAUGACAUUUUUUUUUAAUUACACGUUUCUUUCAAGAGAGCUUCGGUGGCAGUAUGACCAGACACAAUAGUAUUGGUUCUAAUUUUCAAUGUAUGAGGCCAGAAAUACACAAGACAAAUAUUUGUAGAGGCAAUUCUUAUUAGGUUGAAAGCAUUUUGAAAGUCACUCCGGUGAAACAACUUACCUAUAGAACACUAUAAAUGUGCUUGGCACUUUCUGACAAAAAACAUAGGGUAAAAUCCUAUCCCCAUUGAAGUCACGGGGAGUUUUGCCAUAGACUUCAAUGAGGCCAGGACUUCACCCAUGGUCCCUACCCCAAGGAUCUUGCAGUCUAGGUUAAAUAGAUACAAAAUAGCAUGAAGAGAGAACAGAAAUGAAGGUGGGACCAGUAUAAGAUCAGUAGCUUACUUUUCAUUGUAUACGUAGUGUUUGUUUUUGUUUGUUAGCAUGUCAUGAGUGGGGGAAAAUAAAGAAAUGGCAAAUUGUAUACAUUUAAAAUUAAAACCUAGAAAAAUGGUUCACUGGGGAUGAAGUGAAUUAACCUACGUCUUGACAAAUAUGUUUUCAUUUGUACUGGUGCAAAUAUAAUGUUUCUUAUUCACUGCAUUUGGAGAAAUGUAAAAUAUAAGAAUUGGUGAACAACCAAAGUGAGCUUAAAAUUUAUUUGUAGUUGUAUGCUACAAUAUGUAGUGUUUUUUUUCUAACUCACAAAAGAUCAACCUUUUUUUCUAAUGCUGUGUCAGUGUAGCUGUAAGAAUAUCUGUCUUGUGGAUCAAGAAUGAUAGAUCAGAUGUUAUAGCAAAAAAAGUUAAGAUUCCUUUUUCUACGAAGUUACUUGGAUGUUUAAUUAAUUUAAACCUGCAUGUUUGUUGAAGAUGAGGGAGGACACCUAUUUCUAGGAGUUUUUUGUGUCUAUAUGGAGCAAACUCACCCCUGCAUUCCUGUAGAUUUUUUUAAAUUACAAAAGUUUUCCCUCCAUGACUGUCCCUAUGUUAGCUAGACUUGUACCUCAAAGGUAUACUCACGUUUCAAACAAUUUAAUUCUUACGUGUUUUGAGUGUCUUGUUUUACAUACAUAGAUGUUGUUCUUAAACCAUGUUCUCAGGGUAUUUAACAAAAGAAUGCCAUCAAGUUUGGUUUCAGUGGAAGGGUCUUCUCUUUAGCUAACUCUUCAAACUAUGAGCAUGCUGCCAUCCUGAUGAUACACUGCUGUCCAUGUUGUAAGUUAUAAUAACUUGAGUCCAGAAAAUAUAUCUCCUGGAUCACUACAAAUCCUCUGACAAACACAAGAUGUGAUCCACAUCAUCUUCCACUUAAAGGAGCCUUCUUUGGGGCAGUCAAACUGUACAAUGAUCAUUUUGGAUUUGUUAGGUAUGCAACAUCUCUUGUCCAGACACACACCGCAGAAAGUAGGUUUGUAGCUUUUUGUGCUUGAGCAUCCAGAAAAGGCUAGCUUCUCUGCUUUGGGAGGCUGGAAUGUUGGCUGACAUGUUUUUCCUUUUGGAAUCUUAAAUGUAAAAUAAAACAAAGCUUGAAACGUCACAUGAAAAAAACCAACAGAACAAACAACAAAGGUUCUUAUGCAUUUCAAUAGCGAUAGCAUUUGAAACACUACUUUUUUUUUAAAGCUGUCUUACUUUUCUUUGUACCAGUCAGAGACUGAGAUUUAUUUUUUUAAAGUAAUAAAACAGCGGGCUACCAUAAUAAUCCUCAGAUUUGUGGCUUUCUUUAAAAUUAUACUUCUGUAGUUCACUGCUACAUGAUAAAGACAAGAUCAAUCUUGUAUUUCAGGAAGGCUCACAUAUCGGAGAUAAUGGAAAGCCAUUUUGCACCACAGUUUACCUUUAUAGUCUUCAAUAUAUUGGUCUGACAAGGU